AAAAAUAUACAUACAUAUAUUAACAGAAAAACAUUUAUUUUGAAUUAGCCAAUCCCUUAUAUUGCAAAAAAAAAGCCAACACAACCAUCUUCAGUUGUUGUUAAAUCUCUAUACAAAUCACAACAAUAUGAAUCUUAAAAAGUCAAAAUUUUUUAAACGCAUUCAGUCACUGCGUCGCAUUGCCAAAGAAAAAUUAAGUCGAGAAAAGCAAGAACGCCAUCGCAUCAAUGAUUCAGACUUAGAAGAUAUAUUUUGUGAACGAAAUGGUGGUACUCAAUUAUGCUGCCAGACAGAUAGACGCAAUGAUAAUAUCAUCACCAAUGUAAUGAAACAAUCAUCCAUGACAAAGUCAAAGGCUAAUGGCCUCGCAUCCGAUGCAGCAAAUACUGUGGAAGGUUUUAUUCAUAUCAAUAAAGCAUGUUAUCGUGUGAAGGUGCCAACUCCUCCAACAUUCAAGAAAAAGGAGAAUAUAUAUGAGACGAUGCCCACAAUAAGCUCGAUUAAAGGGAGCAUAUGUAUUUCGAGCUCUCGCUAUUCUAUGAUUGGAUCUGUGGCCAAAUCAUUGGGGUUUAAAGUUGUGAAGGAAGACAAAUUAUGGAAUAUAUUGUGGAGCGAUUCGUUGCCAGGAGUGGAACUCUAUAAGAAUAUGAAACGUUUUCAACAAAUCAAUCACUUUCCCGGUAUGAUGGAAAUAUGUCGCAAAGAUCUUUUGUCAAGAAAUCUCAAUCGAAUGUUGAAAAUGUAUCCCAAGGACUAUAAAAUUUUUCCAAAAACUUGGAUCUUUCCAGCAGACUUUGGCGAUGCCAUGAACUAUGCCAACAGUAACAACAAAUUGAAGACUUUUAUUAUAAAACCUGAUGCCGGAGCUCGAGGUCGAGGCAUAUGGUUGACCAACAAUUUAAAAAACAUCAAUCCCGGCAAUCGCAUGAUUUGCCAGACUUAUAUAGGCAGGCCACUGCUCAUCGAUGGCUAUAAAUUUGAUUUACGCAUCUAUGCGUUGAUAACUUCCGUAGAUCCCUUACGCAUAUUCAUCUACAAUGAGGGUCUGGUUCGCUUUGCCACCAGUAAGUAUGUGGAACCCUCUGCGCAAAAUAACAGCGAUCUGUACAUGCAUUUGACCAACUAUUCGCUCAAUAAACGAAAUUCUCAAUAUGAGCUUUGCGACUCGGAUGACUGUGGCAGUAAGCGGAAAUUUAGCUCCAUAAACAAUUGGUUGCGUCUGCGCAAUUACAAUGUUCCAGAGUUUUGGUCGAAAAUCGAUGAUAUCAUCAUCAAAACAGUUCUAAGUGCUUGGCCCAUGUUGAAACACAAUUAUCAUGCCUGCUUUCCUUGCCAUGAUAAAAUUCAGGCCUGCUUUGAGAUUUUGGGCUUCGAUAUACUGGUGGACUCGAAGUUGAGGCCCUAUAUAUUGGAGGUCAACCACUCGCCCAGUUUUCAUACAAACGAAUCGGUGGAUUGCCAGGUGAAAAAACCUUUGAUAAGGGACACUCUUAUGCUGGUGAGUACGGCUUUGGCGGAUAAAAAGCAAAUACUACGCGAGGAUCGUAAGAGAAUAAGGCGACGCUUGUUGAAGCUUAAACAACAAGUAAAUGGAGCCGCCGCUGUAACGGCCACCAGUGCAAAGGACAACUCCUCAGCCAUUGGCUCGGAAAGUAGCUGUCCCCUUAGUGCUUUGGCUCAACAAAUUGCCUGGGAGGAGAGUCAUAUGGGUAAUUUCAGACGCAUCAUGCCACCAAAAGAUUCAAGACUCUUAAACUAUUACUGUCAAUUCUAUGGCCAAGAAAACCAGGCUUCCAUUUUUGCCGAAACUGCAGCAAGUAAAAAACGGGAGGAAGCUUCAAAAAAACUUCGUCUACAGCUGGAGGAGAAAAGACGCAAGCAAAAUGACAUUCUUCAUCGUAAAUCUCCCAGGAAAUUUGAUGAGCGUCGUCGAAAACGAUCUACUCUGCCGCGUGAGCUAGUUGAAAGGCAGAGACAAAUAACGCUACACAAUCAGGCCCAUUGGGCACCAGGCUUCAUAUCAGCAGCCGAGGAACGCCUACGUCUUAGUCAUAUGCAAAUGAGAAUGGAUCUUUUGAAUGAAAGGAAAAUCUUUCAAAUGAUAUAUGCUAAUCUUUAUAAAGCGGGUACAUUAAGUCAUUCCGAUAUCAUCAAAUUCCCUGAAUUGUAUAGAAACUUGGAAAAUGGAUGUGACAUCAUCUCAAUGCAAUUGUAAUGACAUGCAAAUAAUUGGAUUCCUACAAAUGUAAUACCUAAAAAGCUAAAUUAAAUUUCUGGUCCGAAAACCCAACCAAAUACAAAUUCUGGUUUCUUAAAAGAAA